CGCAGCGCUGAAAUUCAAAUUUUGAACUUUGUUGUUUUGCGCAGAGAGAAGAGUCAGAGAGAAGCACCGGGCAGGAACAGGACAGGACGAAGAGCCCCUCACGUCUUGUUUUUACACAUAUUAACCCGUGCUAGACUUGUAAUAUACAUUUAAUCUCACACUUCGUUGGAUCGGGGACACGCUUUUCGACAUGGAUCCGUUUACUGAGAAACUGUUGGAGCGGACCAGAGCUCGUCGUGAGAAUCUGCAAAAAAAAAUGGCAGAACGACCAAACGCUGCAAACAGACAGAUGGUGAAACGGCCCAGAGAGCCUCUGACCGAGACCAACAGUUUAAUCUGUGAGCCUCCCAUUGAUAAAGUUCCACAGGCCGCUACCAAGCCCUCUCCGUCCAAACGCAAAUGUUCAGGGGAAAACCAGCAACCCUCCAUCGCAGACGAGGAGAACAAGGAGCCAGUGGUGCCACGAUCUUUGACCCCACAGCUCCAGGACCUUCCCAACGACAAGAAACCCCCCGUGUGCCCCGCCAGCGUCAGGAGUACCCCCUCUAUGGAGAGAGCAAGUCGACCCGAUGUCCCAUCCCAAGUGGAGCUGGAGAGGAGAGCUGAGGAGGAGAAGGAGGAGGAAAAGAUGGAGGUCACGACUUCACUGCACCAGAGCAGGACCGAGGAGGAGAGGAGUGUCCCACUCGCAACAGGCAUGAGGUCCCGCCUACAGAUGCUGGCCGACCAGAGGAAGUGCUGGGAGGCUGGAGGUGCAGACCCAGCGGUAGUUCCAGACAGCACCCCCCUCUCCAUGCUGAAGAGACAGCCGGAGGUGCCACCUAACCCCGCCCCCUCUCUGUGCUCUGGGACUCCCGUAGGGCGCAAGGGCCGACUGGCAAAUCUGGCGGCCACCAUCGGCUCGUGGGAGGAUGACCUGAGCCACGCUAACAUCCCAAAACAAAGCGCAGCACCAGAGAAACCCGCCUCUGUGUAUAAAGCUCCAAUCAGAGAGGCGAACAGCAGUGUGAAACCUGCUGGACCUGUGGUGACGAGUGCAACUGCUCAAGACAAAUCUAUGACCAAACCUAAUCAGUCCAUUAUAAACUCUCCGGUGAAGGCCACCCCUGUGGUCCCACCCAGCCCUCAAAAGGCCGAAGCCCCUUCUGUCCCACCAUCGGCUCAGAGUCCUCAGAGGACCUCCAGGCUGGAGCUGUCCUCCAGUCCACUGAAGGAGACGCCCAAACCUGUUCCCCAGAGCCCCCUGAAGAACCAGCUCCCCUCCAGACCUCUGGGGGUGAUGCCCAGUCCACACAAACCAGAGAUCCGGGUCAAACCUGCUGAUCUGAGCUCCAGUUAUCCAGAGAAAACUGCUGGAACUCCCAGUGUGAAGUCUUUUCUGGAGCGCUUUGGAGAAAAAUGCCAGGAGCGUUCCAACGGGAGCACUCCUGUAGCGGGCAGAAGUCAGCCAAAGACUCCCACAGUGACUUCAGCAGUGACCCCAAACACCAGGCUGGUCCAGGAGAAGCUCAGAGCCGCUCAGGCCGCCAAAACCACGUCUGCAGACCUCACCCAAAGACAGAAGAUGGAGCGCGAGUCGGAGCUGGCUCUCAUACGAAACCGCUUCCAAAAGGCCAACAACAUGUGGAAGAACAAGGACGAAGGGUCGGAAAAGACAAUCACAGACACAGCGAAACCAAUGAGCACAUCAGAGGAGAGUGAAGCGCCCUCCUGUCACUCAGAUGAGCCAACAGCGCCCUCUGUUGACAAAAGUCAGAGCCCCAUCAAAAGCAUUCGAUCAGGAUUCCUGGAUUCACCUCCAGCUUCAGCGUCCAGCCCUUUGAAAUCAGUCAGCCAGAUUAUGGUAGAACCAGUCAGCGAAAGUCCAGAAGAAGAGAAGAAACGGGAAGAGGAAGUGAACGAAAUCGAGAUGAACGUGGACGGAUCUUUGACCAGCGAGCAGAACGUGGACGGCUCCAUCAACUCUGCCGUCAUCAACGAGCUGUUCCAAGGCGUCCUGGAGCAGAGCGAGGAGCAGAGCACAGCUGAUGAUGAAGAGGAGGAGGAAGAUCCUCUGAACAUCUCCUCCAUGUCUCUGCUGGCUCCGCUGGUCGAGACUGUGGCGGCCGUCACAAAGAGUCCGGACGGGAUGAUGACCUCGACUCCAGCCAGCUCUUUCAUCGUGAAGAGCCCUCUGGAGAAGACCCCCAGGACCAAACUGAGGAGGUCUCUUUCUUCAGACAGCAUCCACGUCCUGAGCCCAGAGCACCGGCUGCCCUACAGCAUUGACGCGUACAGAUCCACCAGAGUGAAGGAAACCGACAGGCCGAGUAUAAAGCAAGUGAUCGUGAGGAAAGAGGAUGUGUCCCAGAGAAAGGAGGAACCACGAGGCUCCAGUCUGUUCAGUGUGAAGCAGAGGAUGAAGAUUUUGACCAAUGAGAUGAACCUGCAGCAGACGGUGAUCCACCAGGCGAGUCAGGCUCUGAACUGCUGCACCGACGAGGAGCACGGAAAAGGUUCUCAGGUCGAGGCCGAGGCCGAGAGGCUGCUGCUGGUGGCAACGGAGAAGCGUGAGGCUCUGAAGGCUGAGCUGGACCGUCUCAAAGGGGACCCGUCCGGACAGAAGAGGGCGCCAGGUCCAGCAGACUCCACCGGACUGUCUGCCACCCGCGGCUCUAUCACCCUGCACGAGCUCAGACUGCCGCUCAAAGCUGAUUUCGUCUGCUCCACCGCCAACAAACCUGAAGCCAGCAGUAAGCACUCGUUCUUUGUGAUGAUCCGAGCCGGAGCAGAGAACACCGUGGCCACUCCUUUAGCGAGCACACACAGAGGACUGAGCGGAGACACUCUCACCUUCCCCACUAAAUUCACCAUGGCCGACGUCUCCAGUGACUUUCAAAUUAUGAUUGAGGUGUACUGUCUGGUCCAGAAGAGAGAGAUGUGCGCUGACAAGAAGAAGAAAAUCAACAAGUCAAAGAUUGUGUGGCAGCAAGUUUACGAGGCCCAUGAUUUGUGUAUGUCGGCUAUCACUCCAAAGAGAUUCCUUGCCAUCACGAAAAGUGGGCAGACACCAGUUGUUGCCAGUCCUGGGGGUCCAAACGCCGUCCGGACCAGUAACUUUAUCCUGGUGGGGUCUCACAAAAUCACCCUCUCCUCCAUCGGGAAGAACAAGUUUCCUCUGGAGAAGGUGCCCUUCCUCUGCCCCCUGGAGGGUCACAUCUACAUGAAGCUGCAGUGUGAGGUGGGCUCCAAUGUGGAAGAGAGGGGCUUCCUGACCAUGUUUGAGGACGUGAGUGGGUUCGGAGCGUGGCACAGGAGGUGGUGUGUCCUCUCUGGGUACUGCAUCUCCUACUGGACCUAUCCCGACGAUGAGAGGAGAAAGAGUCCCAUUGGCCGCAUUAAUCUGGCCAACUGCACGAGUAAGAAGGUGGAGCCGGCGAACCGCGAGUUCUGCGCCAGACCAAACACGUUUGAGUUGAUCACAGUGAGACCCCAGAGAGAAGACGACAGAGAGACGCUGGUCAGCCAGUGCAUGAACACCAUGUGUGUCACCAAAAACUGGCUGAGCGCAGACACGAAAGACGAGAGGAACUUGUGGAUGAAGAAACUGAAUCAGAUUUUGGUGGAUUUACGAAUGUGGCAGCCCGACUCCUGCUUUAAGCCUUCAUAAACCCCCAGCCCUGCUUUUGGACUGUUCAAUACCAACACAUGCAAUUACGAAGUGCAAUACCACAUGACGACUGUUUAAUAUUUUAACUUUGGAUUAUUAUUAUUUUACCUUACACAUUAACCGCAAAUAUAUCUUGGGAGUAAGCAAAUAAAGCCAUACAUUGAAACAUUUCAGUAUUUUGUGAAGUCUGAGGGCAGAUUUUCAGCAAAUAAUGAUCACAGUUGUCGGCGUGCAAGCAAUUUAAUAUGAAUGCAGACGAGUAUGCAUGGCUUUGACUAUUAUGAAACCUGAUAUUUGUGUGUAAAUGGUUUUGAAUUUGCUAAUAAGAAUUUUAAUAUGAUUCACAACUGCUGUAUAUUUUAUCCUGCAUGGCGGCAUGGCUGACAGCACAAGUUUUAGCUAAUUAUAAUUGAUGUUUACGGAUUUCGGCAGGACUUUUGAUACAAACCUGUUCUUCCAGUUUGAAUUUGCUAUGUCUGUCGUGUUUUUCUGUGUCGUUUACUUGUCACUGGGCAGGUCUGUUGCAGGCUAUAGUUUUAUUUUUGACACUAAAUGCAAAUUGAUUUAUACAGUAACACUUUCUUCCAUAGACAGUAUAUAAAAAUGGACAUAACGUGCAAGGAAGUGAGCAUUGGGCUCCUUCAAAUCUGGCUCCAAUUGACUUUAUAUUGGAAAAUUGUCACCCCUCUCUUCCAACUACUGCAGUGAGCCUCGUCGUUUUGCUCUUAAAAUGUUCAUAUUAACCCGCUCUACAUGAUCCUGGUGUUUUUAUUUCACCAUUUUGUCUGUAAAUAAAUUCCCAUUCCUAACCUGGUUCCUAUAACUGCAGCCUCGAUGAGCUUUAUUUGACUGGAGCCGAACGUCUGUCCCUCAGUCCACUUCUUUAUACAGUCUAUGGAACUGAGAUUUCUAUAAUAUUUUUUUGUUUUGGUCACAAACUGCAGUGGAAGUUACUCAGAACCCCUGCAAUGGACUUGAACCUGUCUUUUUGCUCUGAUUUUAAAUGUUUUUCACUUGUGAAGAUAAAAGAUGGCGGACUUUAUGCUUGUUGAUGAAUACAAUUUCCUUAUGUCUAUUCACAAGUUUAUACAUUUCAAUUUGCCAGGUAUUGUUAACACUGAGCAACAAUAAAUACCUGCUUUGGAAUGCAAUUGGCAACCUAUGUUUUUAAUGUUACUACUUUCUACACUUUUUAAUGGAACUAAUUGUGAAUGAUUAAAGUCUAAAUUAAAUCUAUGACAUCCUAUUUACAAGA